UACGCGGUGAAGGAGUUGAAUAAAAGAAAAUUGGCGAACGUGCGCGUGGGAUCGUCGCGAACGCUGUUGGACGCGGCGGAGGAAGAGAUAAGGAUGCAGAGCGAGUGUCGGUGCGCGAACGUGGUGCAAGCGUACGAGUGGGUGAACGACGCGCGGGAGUCGACGGCGAAAAUCGUGAUGGAAUAUUGCGAGCGCGGGAGCGUGGUGGACGAUGAGCGCGACACGUUCGAGAGGUUUGAUUUAUCGGACGUGAAGGCGAUCGCGCGGGAUAUUUUGCGCGCGCUGCGGACGUGUCACGCGCGAAACAUCGCGCAUUACGACGUCAAGCCGCAAAACAUCUUCGCGAGCGCGAGCGGCGCGUACAAGCUCGGGGAUUUCGGGUGCGCGACACGCCUCGAGCGGACGCACGAAUUCGUGGGGAAAACUCCGGGAACGCCCGCGUUCACCGCCCCCGAGUGUUGCGAGGGCGAACCGUGCGAUGGGUUCAAAGCCGACGUUUGGGCGCUCGGAAUGACGCUUCACGCGUUAGCGACGGGACGGUACUUUUACCAAGCCGACGGUGCGUGGGAUACGUACCAAAAAGUGCUUCGCGAAAGCGUAGACCUCGGCGAAAUUGCACGGCUCGGAGACGACGGCUUUACAGAUUUCAUGACACGCGUCCUCGAACGCGAUCCAAACGAGCGGUUGACGGCGCGCCAGGCGUUGAAACAUCCGUGGAUCACACCCGAG